ACGACGGUGCUGAUGCCGAUGCCGAGCUUGUGAUGCGAGAAUAAUUUCACACCGGAGGCAAGGCUCGAAACAGAACGAGCGGGUGAUGAUUGACUUCAUAUUUAGGAUAAAAUAAACAAACGCGAAAUACAGCCAACUGCCUACUGUAGAAGCGAAUAUUUGGUCAAAUUGCAAAGUAAUUGUGCAGAAAUAGGUGAGCGCGAGAGCGUGGAUCGGAUCCAUCCCACGAUCGCUGGAGGGCUGGAUGAGAAAGCUCCUGUCUUCCAUUUUGUAGAAAUUUUCCUCCAACUGUCAGCUACCAACUGUGCGCAGCACUCUAGAGAUCCUCAAUAUGGAGAGAACUGCCAUUUCCACUUCACUGCUCACAGUCUGCUUUAUUUUGGCUGUGUGUCGUUGUUCCCUUGCAAUUCCCUUCUGCCCUGCCCAGUGUGUCUGUGAGACCCGCCCAUGGUACACGCCUCAGUCGGUCUACCAUCAAGCCAAGACUGUUGACUGCAACGAACUCCAUUUGAGCCGAAUUCCAUGGAAUAUAUCCAUUGAUACUCAGGUGCUACUUCUUCAGAGCAACAACAUCUCUAGGGUAACCUCAGAGCUCCAGAGCUUGGUCAACCUCACGGAAUUGGAUCUCUCUCAGAAUCACUUUACACAAAUCCAAGACGUUGGCUUGAGUAACCUGUCCCAACUAGUCACGCUCUACCUUGAGGAAAACCAGAUUAAAGAGCUGCCUGAUUUGUGUCUAAAGGAUCUAGUCAACUUAGAGGAGCUUUACAUUAACCAUAAUCAGAUCUCUUCGAUUGGUCCCAAUGCAUUUUCAGGGUUGACGAACCUGCUAAGGCUUCACCUCAACUCAAACAAACUUAUCGCGAUAGACAGCCAUUGGUUUGAAUCCCUACCCAACCUGGAAAUCCUAAUGAUUGGGGAAAAUCCUAUUCUUGGCUUACAGGACAUGAACUUCCGUCCCCUCUCAAAAUUGCACAGUUUGGUGCUAGCGGGAAUGGGACUCAGGGAAAUCCCAGAGGGUGCUUUCCAGGGUUUAGAGUAUCUCGAAAGUCUCUCGUUCUUCGAUAACAAGCUCACGGCAGUGCCAAAAAAAGCCCUGCGUGUUCUACCCAGCCUCAAGUUUCUCGACCUUAACAAGAAUCCUAUCGUCCGUAUCCUGGAAGGUGACUUCCGUGACUUUCCGCACUUAGAGGAACUCAGUCUGAACAGCAUGGAGGAACUUGUAGCAGUGGAAAAGGGCGCAUUCUCCAACCUACCGCAAAUGGCCAAACUAGAGCUCUACAACAACCCUCACCUGUUCUUUAUAGACCGUGCCGCAUUCCUGAACAUGCGUGGCUUGCGUACCUUACUGGUCCAUAAUAACGACCUCACAUUAUUUCCCCAUGAGAUUAUUUCUGCCUUCCCCAGUCUAGAUGAAAUCAGUCUUCAUAGCAACCCACUCAGGUGCGAUUGUCUCGCCAAUUGGGGCCCAGUCCUGGGCAAUCAAUCGAGCCUUAAGCUUUUGGAAUCCCAGAUUACUCUCUGUGCCUCCCCACCACAUCUCGUUGGUCAGUCCCUUCAAGAAGUGGUGUCUGCAAGUUGGAAUGGGGCAAGCAAUACCUGUCUGCCUCUAAUUUCUCAACAUGCCUUCCCUCUGCAACUCAACGUCACCAUCGGCCAGCUUCUAACGCUCAGCUGUUGGGCCGUUGCGGAUCCUGCACCUCAGUUUUACUGGGUGACACCCACCGGCGACAAGGUCACUUCGGAAGCCGUUUCGCCAUCCUUAAAUGAGGGUGCAGGAACCACGAAGAAGCACCGGAUGCAAGACCAAGGCGCUCUAGAGAUCUCACACAUAGAACCGGAGGACGAUGGCCUCUACACAUGUGUUGCUUGGAACAGCGAAGGGGCAGACACUCGGAGUGUCUCCGUUUAUGUGGAUAAGAGUAACUGGCAUGGUGAAAGCCAUAGCAGGAGCCAUCACGGCAUGGUGAACACUACAGGAUCCUUGGUAGUCCAGGCGAAAAUCGUCCAUGCUCAGUCCGUGGUGCUAGAAUGGAAGGUGCAUCCUUCUGUGCGAUUUUCCAACCAUGAGGUGACGCAACCGAAGUGGCUCAGUGCUACCGUCAAGAUUGACAAUCCACAGAUUAGCUACACGGCAAUGGUGCCAGUAGAUGUUCAAGAAUACAAUCUCACACACCUUCUACCUUCAACAGAGUACCAAGUUUGCCUAACUAUGGCCGCCAUGGAGCAAACCCAACACUCUUGCAUCAACGUGACCACCAAAGAGGCCAGCUUUGCUGUGGAGAUGGUUGCUCAGCAGACCAAUGUAGCUCUAGCGGCAGUGAUGGGCUCAAUGUUUGCCAUCUGCAUCAUGGCUCUGCUGGUGUUCUACAUGGGAAGGCGUAUGAAGCAGAAAUCUUGCCAUCAUUCUCUGAAGAAAUACAUGCAGCACACCACCUCCAUUCCUUUGAACGAGCUCUAUCCACCUCUCAUUAACCUCUGGGAGAACGAGACGGAAAAAGAGAAAGAGGGAUCCACUGAUCCUCAAAACUCACAGAUAGACACCUCAAAAACAUACAUGUGGUAGUAGCUGCACUACAGAAUGCAGAUAGAAGAGACAUUUUAAACAGUUUAUGCACUGUAUUGUACAUAAAUGGCAAGUAUGUAUUUAAUUGUUGAUUUGUCAUUGUGAAAGAUGUAUUUUUAGAUUGUACCCUCAAAACCAAGCACACUUGGUUGCAGUUGUGACAUGGUAGUGAAACACUGCUGAGGCAAACAAAACACACUCUAUUCUAUUGCAUUGCAUUGUAUUUUCUGCAACCUGGUCUCAUAGAAUCACGUUACUAUACCUACAUUUUUGCAAAAUGAUUUUUAUGUGGCUCGUUGUAUGUAUUGCAGCAGUUUCCUAGUGAAAUGAACACUAGUGGCGCUACAACAACGACUUUUAUUCCCUUUCACACAAAUCAAGAGUACAAUGGUCGAUUAUCAGUUCAUAACACUUUUCGCACUGUUCUAAACACUAUAGUGCAUGACUUGUAAGGUGAUACAUUUUAACAUUUGCAUUACAUAACUAGCUACUGUGACAAGGUUCUUUCACUCUCGCAAGGAGGAAUCGGGAGACGGCAAAUCAAACUCAAAAGGUCUCUUUAUUUCUCUCACACCAAUGCUUUUCAGCACCAACAAAUGAUUCCCACACACACACACACACACACACACACACACACACACACGUGCAGGCUCAGCUCUCUCUCUCUCCCCUCUCAGUCUGGACUGCCUCUUUUUAUCCCUCUCUGCUCUCACUGUAAAACACAAACAGCUGUUAGAGAUAACACCCACAGGUGGGACUCCUUACCGCUCUCAUCUCCCGAUCUCACUCACCAUUCACAAAUCUGUGCUCGACCACACCCCACCUCCACAUACCCCCAUUGCCCGACUCAGCCCAGGGAGCCAUCUGGCCUGCCCACUACUCCCCCCCAAUUUCUAGAGAGGAAGUCAGUGACUGCCAUCUGUGGCCCCGGUCUGUGGACCACCUCAAACUUAAAUGGCUGAAGAGCUAGAUACCAAUGGGUGAUCCGCACGUUGGUUUCCUUCAGGCGUGGUCCGAACAGAGGGUGAAGGCCUGUCCCAGGAGGUAAUACAGAAGGGUAAGGACCACCCACUUGAUGGCCAAACAUUCCUUCUCAAUAGUGUUGUACCUCGACCCUCUCACCAAGAGCUUUCGGCUGAUGUACAGCACCGGGCGCUCCUCCCCCUCGACCUCCUUGGACAACACGGCUCCCAACCUCCUGUCCGAUGCGUUGGUCUGUGACACAAAAGGGAGAGAGAAAUCAGGAGAGUGUAAUAAUGGCCCGCCGCAAAGUGCAGCUUUCACACGUGUGAACGCCUGCUGACACGGCUCCAUCCACUGGACCCGAUCUGGUGUCCCCUUUUCAGUAAGAUCAGACAGCGGGCUGGUAACGGUCAAAUAGUUUGGCACAAACCUACGAUAAUAGCCAGCCAGCCCCAGGAACUGUCUUACCUUCUUUUUGGUCUUAUGUCUCAGGCAGGCUGCAGCUGCUGUGGUCUUAUCAAUUUGGGGCUGCACCUGUCCAUGACCCAAGUGUAAGCGUAAGCGGCGUGUGGUCUGAGUAUUUUGUCCACCUCAAAGGGCCCUUGCCACUUCACGAGUAAUUUAGAGCUUGAUGUGGGUAGCAAUACAAUCUCCCUGUGUAAACUCCUGUAGUCACACUCCCCUGUUAUACAGCCAGGACUGACAUUAUUGAACCUGUAGCAAAUUCUCCUUGGAUAGCUGCCCCAAUGUGUGGAGUUUUGCUUUCAGGUCAAGAACGUAUUGAAUUUCAUUUUUACUGUUUGACGGUCCCUCCUCCCAAUUUUACCUCAUGACGUCUAAGACACCACAAGGCUUACGACCGUACAAUAAUUUGAAUGGGGAAAAUCCUGUGGAGGCUUGCGGGACCUCUCGCACUGUGAAUAACAGGUUCGAGCCACUUGUCCCAAUUCCGAGCAUCUUCACAUGCCAGCUUGUAUCCAAAGCCUCGGACUGUAUCAAGCUUUGGUGAAUGGAGGUUUGAUUACAACCUGAAUCCACCAAGGCUUGAUAUGUACCCCCCUUUAUACUCACAGGUAUCCGGUACACUCCUGCUCGAUCGGGGGCAGUCUGUGGGAAGGGAGAAAUAGGGAGAGAGAGAGUGAGAGAGAGAGAGAGAAAAUGGCUCGCCGUCCCAUGGAUACACCGCUAUAUGGUCCUCAGCCAACUGGAUCGCCUCCUAAAGCAAUGCCGGAUGGUGGCACUGGACACACUUCGCCGUCCCCUUUGGCAGCCGGGAGACAAACUGCUCCAGCACCAUGAUGUUUAUUGCGUUGUCGGCAUCGCCCUCCUCCUCAGCCAGCAACCACCACCAGCAGGCAUCACGGAGCUGUUGUGUGAAGGCGAAUGUGUGGCCGACCUUGCUCAGCGUUAGAGUGCGGAACUGCUGGUGGUGCUGUUCUGGGCUGUGGCCAACCCAUUGCAGGAUGGCUCUCUUCAAAUCGGAAUACCCCAGGAGGUUGGCCACCAGACAGCAGUGGUAGCAGAUGGACCACCCACUGUGAGCACUGCCACUUCAGGGCUCUGGCCGUGUGCUCGAAGAGGUCCAGGAAGGCCUCUGGGUCAUCCUGCGGUUAUCUUGGCGAGCGUCACAUGGAGUCCUGCUGCUGCUGGGGUUAUGGCUUAAGCCCCCUCCUGGGGCAGUACUGCAACACCCGCUGGUCCUCACUCUUGCAAGGAGGAAGCGGGAGAUGGCAAUUCAAACUCAAAAGAUAUCUUUUUUUUAAUCCCCUUUUCUUCCAAUUUGGAAUGCCCAAUUCCCACUACUCAGUAGGUCCUUAUGGUGGCGCAGUUACUCACCUCAAUCCGGGUGGCGGAGGACAAGUCCCAGUUGCCUCUGCUUCUGAGACCGUCAAUCCACACAUCUUAUCAUGUGGCUUGUCGUGCAUGACACUGUGGAGACUGUAUGUGGAGGCUCAUGCUGCUCUCCGCGAUCCACACACAACUUACCACGUGCCCCAUUGAGAGCGAGAACCACUAAUCGCGACUGCGAGGAGGUUACCCCAUGUGACUCUACCCUCCCUAGCAACCGGGCCAAUUUAGUUGCUUUGGAGACCUGGCUGGAGUCACUCAGCACACAGUGGAAUCGAACUCGCGACUCCAGGGGUGGUAGUCAGCUUCAAUGCUUGCUGAGCUACCCAGGCCCCAUUAUUCAAAAGUUUUUUUUCUCUAACUCCAAUGCUUUUCAGCACCCGCAAAUGAUGCCCACACAUACACACACACACACACACAAGUGCAGGCUCGGCACUCUCUCUCUCCCCUCUCAGUCUGGACUGCCCCUUUUUAUCCCUCUGACAACUCUCAUCUCCCAAUCUUGCUCUCCAUUCACAAAUCAGCGCUCGACCACGCCCCCACCUCCACAGCUACAUUUACAAGCAUGUUCAAAUGUGAUCAAAUUGCGAUGUAGCUCAACUGAUGGAGCGUUGCACUUGCGAGUGAGAGACAAAGGACCAGGACACAAGUCGACAUUUGAGCCGAAAGUGUCAUAAAAGCACCACAAAAGUAUGUGAUUUCUUCAGCAAUUGCAUCUGCCAUCUCACAUUUAGGUUUAGUUUAGACAGGUCGAUUUUGUUUAUUUAAAACUUACUAGAGCAUUAAAGGGAUAGUUCAUCCAAAAAUGAAAAUUCUCUCAUCAUUUCCCUCAUGACAUCCCAGAUGUGUAUGACUUUCUUCUGCUUAACACAAACAAAGAUUUUUAGAAAAAUAUCUCAGCUCGGGGAACCUGGGUUGCUCAGCAAAUAUUGACGCUGACUACCACCCCUGGCGUCGCAAGUUCGAAUCCAGGGCAUGCUGAGUGACCAACAUUUAAUUGGUCAAAUUGGCCCGGUUGCUAGGGAGGGUAGAGUCACAUGGGGUAACCUCCUCAUGGUCGCGAUUAGUGGUUCUCGCUCUCAAUGGGGCGCAUGGUAAGUUGUGCGUGGAUCAUGGAGAGUAGCAUGAGCCUCCACAUACGGAGUCUCCGCGGUGUCAUGCACAACGAACCAUGUGAUAAGAUGCGCGGAUUGACUGUCUCAGAAGCGGAGGCAACUGAGACUUGUCCUCCGCCACCCCGAUUGAGGUGAGUAACCGCGCCACCACGAGGACCUACUAAGUAGUGGGAAUUGGGCAUUCCAAAUUGGGGAGAAAGGGGAGAAAAAAAACAUUAAAAAAAAAAAAAAAAAACAAGAAUAAAAAUCUCUCAGCUCUAUAGGUCCAUAUAAUGCAAGUGAAUGGUGGCCAGAAUUUUGAAGGUCCAAAAAGCACAAAAUCAGCAUAAAAGUAAUCCAUAUAACUCCUGUGGUUAAAUUAAUAUCUUCAGAAGCGAUAUGACAAUAAAUGUCCACUUUCACAUUUUUUCUUCUUUUGUUUUUGGUAAUUCACAUUCUUUGUGCAUAUUGCCAUGUACUGGUCAGGGAGGAGAAUUUAUAGUAAUAAAUAACUUAAAUAUUUAUCUUUUUCUCACCCACAUCUAUCAUAUAGCUUCUGAAGACAUAUAUUUAACCACUGGAAUCUUAUGGAUUAAUUUAUGCUGCCUUUAUGUGAUUUUUUGAAAUUCAAAUUUCUGGGCAUCAUUCACUUGCAUUCUACAGAACUGAGAUAUUCUUCUAAAAAUCUUUGUUUAUGUUCUGCUGAAGAAAGUAAGUCAUACCCAUUUGGGAUGGCAUGAGGGUGAGUAAAUGAUGAGAGAAUUUUCCUUUUUGGGUGAACUAUCAAUUUAACCUUCAAAACCCCAUCUGUUUGGAAGAAGAUUUAUUCGCGUUAAGCGCCACACAAUGGACAUUUCACCUUAAACCUGCUGCAGUUUGCAAAAAUGUAACCACUGUCAAAUAAUUGUCAUGAGAUCAUGCUGAUGUUCUAAGAAUAAUUCAACGUUUAGCAUGCAAAUGUGCUUGCAAAUUCAUGUAAUUUAUUUAUAACAGCAUUAAAAAAACUAGUACACUAACACAGACAAACUAUUUAUUUCACUUCAAACAUAUCAAAUUACUUGACAUCAGAUUGACAGAUUCCGGAGUUUUUGCAUGGAAUUUUGCAUGAUAUUUUGGUGCUCACGGGGUGAGUUCUUGCCUAAUUUUCUCACUUCUUAAAAUACAUAGGUGCAAGAAAGUGACAAUAACAUGUGCACAUUGCUCUCAUUUGUCUUCAGCCCAUCACAUUUUAUCACCUGCAUUGUACUGAAAUAAAACCUAAACCAAACCUGCCAGGUGCUACAAACUAAUUUGCUGUCAUAUGUAAUUAAUCCUGGUACACAACUGCACAGCUGUGUUUAUUUACCAUUGCAUUUGAAAUACUUUUUAAAAUAACUAUUUAUGAAAGAUAUGGAUGUGUUUAUUAGUACUGACGGAAAAUGUAUUUCACAUUUGAUUUAAAGUAAAUCAUUAACUUAAAGAACAUUUGGUUGAAAUGCCUGACCUGACAUUCGCCAAUGGAGCCGUUAAAUGUUUUGCACCUCAUUGCAUUGGCAUUUUCAAGAUCAAGAAAUUGCUUCAGUUCGCUGUUAAAUAUGUUGCCACUUGCCAAAUUCAAUAUUCACACAAUUCAGUCUUAAAAUUGCAAUUGUAACUGUAUGGUGUGGGAAUUGAAAAAGUAUCAAUAUAAUAAAUUCAUGUUAUGGAAUUAAGUUUACAUUAUAAGUAUACAGUCCCUGUUAAAAACAAUAGUCAUUUCAGUUUAGUCCAGAUGAUCGGUUAAUGUUACAUUACACCUGUCAGGUUUUUAUGUAAUACUGUAUCAUAUUGAUUAAUGCAAAUGUUAUGCAAGACACAUGCUCAUUUGUUGUUGUUAUGUUAAAUAUUUAUCAACAAAUACAACAUCCAUCCAGAUAUUGAUCAAAUUUAUAGAAACCAAAUUAAACUUUAAUCUACCAGAAGGUGUUCUUUCAAAGGUUUACCUUUUAAUACGCUAUGUAUUAUUUGAACCAAAGAUAAGACACACAUUCAGUAUUUCUCAGCUGCCAUAAGUCAGUGUGAUGUCAGACUAUAUUUAGCACUGAAGGACAGUGGGAAAAUAUCUAUUAUCUAUUUCAACAUCUAAUGAUUUUUUUACUUGUAUGCUCAGUCCUUGAGUUAUUGAAAUGUACUGUCUAUUUUUUAAACUGUACUGUCUAAUGAUUUAAAACAAUAUUCCGAAAUUUACAACCAUUAACAAUUAAUGUAGUUUUUUUAUUUUUUAUUUGCAGGGAUACAAUUCAAACACAAGUUCUUAAAGCAGACAUUUAGAAUUGACAUGUUAGCUCAUAUGUGAAAUGUUGAAGAUGCUCAUACUCAUGUCAGAUGUUUUUAAAAUGUUCGUUUAUCACUGAGUGUAAAUCACAUUGUGUGUUAUUACUGGCAGAGGAGCAGAGAAAAUGUCACCUUAGAUUAAGCUUCACAUUUAUCACUACAGCUCCGCCCCCUAGUGGUGGAGAACACUAAUGACGUCUUACACGAUAUGCUGUAUCUCAGUGAAUAGCAGGGUAUUUGUAAUAGAAGAAUAUUAUUGUUAUAUUUCAAUUAAGUCAACAAUAAUGGUUUUACACUGUUAAGACGUGUUGUGACGUCCGUGCUCAAUAGUUCAGGGGAAAUGACUGUCUAAAAAAAAACUAAAAAAAAAAAAAAAAUUAUAAAAACAUUUGAGAGAAAUAAACACUAUCACUACAACUA